AUUCGUAUACUUUAUUAAUAACGUUACACCCACCGAAAACAAAAAUAUGAUAAAAAUAGACAAUAGUUCAUUAGAAAAACUUAAAGAGCAAGAUCAUAUAAAUAUAAACAAUGAAUCUAUAAACAAUACUAUAGCAUUACAAACAGAUAAAGAAAUAAACAAGAAAGCUAAUAGCUUAAUCGAUCAAAAAAGAAAACUGAAUAUAGAAGAAUUAGAAAAUGAUUCAUCAGAAGCAGUACAACCAUCUACAAACACCCUAAAACGCAGAAGAAUAGAUUUAUGGGAUAUAAAACAGUUACUAGAGUAUCCUAAAAACAAAGCAAUAUCAACGAAUUUAGAUAUGUAUGACACAUACGAUUCAUCAGACUAUAAACAGAAACAAACAGAAUAUCUUUCAAUAUUACCAACUAUUGACAAAAUAAUGAAAACAGAAGAAGAAAUAGAACAUGCUAUAACAAACGGUUUUUUUGAAAACAACCUUUUUCUUCAAGAUUUUAUAAGAGAAUUUCAGGACAAUUUUAACGGAAGAUACGAGGAGAGUGGAGCAAAGAAUACAUUUGAAUCACGGAGAUAUCGUUCAGAUAGUCGAAUAGAUGGUUAUAGGGAUGUCCAAUAUGAACAUCAUUCUAGUCAAAAACAACAAAAAGUGUCAGCAGAGUUAAGAGCAGGAGAGGCAACGACAUUAAAAUUACCGCAGAUGGCGGAGAUGGGUCUAUUUGUAUUAGGAGAUAUCUGGAAAUAUAGCAGAACUCUUGGUUUUAAACAAAGAGGAAAAGGAAGAGAAAAAAUUGAAAUCAGAAAAGAUUUACAGCUAACAGGAAUUGAUGAAUCAACUCAUUCUUUAACAUUUUUAUGCCCAAGCUCUACUAAUAUAUAUUUUAUAAAAGGAGAUCCAGGGAUUUCUAUUAGUAAUAUUACUACACCAACAAUGCUAGAAACGCAGAUUCUUGAUAUAGAUGGACGUACUGCGCAUUCAGAAAGACCCAAUGGGAAUGCAUGGAAAAGCAUUCGAGUACAGCGUUGCGGUCGAGAUAUGGGCACUUUGUUUGAAGUCAGAAUGAAAGCAUUCGAUUUAUAUGGUGUAUAAUUUUUUAUUAUUACACCUAAUAUUAUUAUCAAAUCAUUCCGAAAC